UGAAUCAGUCUGAUCAUGCACACAGUCCCUCUUCUCUGUCUGGCUGCUCUCACCUCUGCACUAAUAACUUGUCAUCCUAUACAAAAAGAAAAAAUGCAAACAGAUUUAACAAGAGAAAAUCUGAGCAAUAUGGAGACCAUGAUUCGUACAUAUGGAUAUUUCCUGAUGAUGAAAUUUAGUAAAAGACUGAGGAAAGCCAUCUAUCAUGAGACCAAAGAAGCUGAUUUAAUGAAGAAAAGCAAGGACUGCUUCUUACCACUUCAUAUUAAAACAAAUAAUAUGGUGUGCUUGGAUGCAACAAAAAACACAUAUAUUUCAGUUGAUGGCAUUAACAAGGACUGCUUUAAAAUAGUUCACAGAAAGAAUUCCCAUCAUGCUUCGUGUCCAUGGAGUGGUGAUGCAUUGAUCAAGCUAGUUGGAGGUAAAAGCCACACCGAGGCGUAUAGUGCAGAAUUACAUCAUUCUCUGCAGUCAAACAACCAUAAAACAGAUCGCAGACUGAGAAGAAGCCAGUAUAUUGACCCAUCUGAUCCCUUGGGAUCUGAGAAUCCCAGAUCAAGGACUGCUAAUUAUCAAAGACCAAAUCAAGAGCAUGAGCACAAGCGCAGCCGUAAUGUUUCUAAAGAAACCAUCACUUCCUAUGAUGACCCUCUACACGUACUGCUCUCCAAGAGCCCUGUCAGUCCAAACUUACAAAAACAGAAGAACCACAAGCAAGUUGCACCAUCUGAUCCAUUCUGAACAAAUUACUGACCUUCUAAAGAUAAAAGUUAAUUAACGAUUGCACCAAAUAAGCCUUGCACCAAAGAAAACCAUCUGUAGAACACCCAGGAGGACAUUUUUGGGGGGGAGGGGGCCGGGGAUUCCUAAAACCAAUACACCGACCCAAAAAUAUAAAAAACUCAUAAUGUAACGUUAAGAAACCAAAUGGUUUUUUCACAAGAAUUGCAUAUGAUGCAAUCCUGGGCCUCAGGACCUCAGCUGGUGUUGAGGCUAGUUUAGGUCACUGUUUGUCAGUCCUUUCACCUUUUCAAGUCAGUUAAAAUUUAAACAACCUUGCAAUGAAUGUUUACAGUCGAAUGAUGAAGGUAAUAUCAUGAAAUACUAAGUAGAUGGUGCUGGCCACCUCUACUAAAUUAUUUUUUUAAAGUACUGAUGUAUUUUUAUUUAUUAUUUUUUAUAUUAUUUUCUUUAAUUAAAAUAUUACCUCAAAAAUGUAUCAAAUGCAAUUUUUUUUUUGUUUGCUUUUAAUAGCUAUUCCUUUCAAGAAUUCUU